CGACUAUCACGGUAAGCUCGUUAGUACUCGAGAUUCGAACUCGAUCACUCGCUGACGUGAGGAUCCUGCAGCGGACACGACUCCCUCAUACGAUGUCCCAACAUCCGACUCGUAUCUUCGGGCGAUGUUGCGGUAUGGCAAACGGACACGGCUUGGUCGUCUCCCAUCCUCGAGCAGAACGGGUCAGGCUCGCUAGAGGACUACUCGAGCACCGAUACCAUACCAAAAUACCAGCAGGAACCCAAGCGGUACAGACGAACAUCCGGCUUGAGGACAGGCGUCAGACCCGAUCUUGCGUUCGAAAUCGGCGCUAUACCGUUUCUACCACAGCAACAACGGCAAUUGAAGAGACUCUACCAUUAUCGCAAACACCAUCUAUUACAUCCGUAUCGACCCACAAAACAUCCGGCACCGCGGAACCCCGUCGACGUCUCAUUCUCCGUUCAGGCGGCUUCGGCAUCCCCAAACCCCAUCCACCCUCGACUCCUCCUUCCUCGUCUCCCAGUCCUACCUCGGCUACCUCUUGGCCCCGUUCAUCAACCGACGCGGAUUCCUUGAAGAUUGCCGAGGGGGGUACAAGAGCGGUACAGAUAGGCGAGGACGCUUAUUUCUUCGUCAGAGGGUCUAUGGGCGUCUCGGACGGGGUCGGGAAGAACAAGGUCCAAAAACCUAGACCCAGAUCUGGACCCGAUGAUAGCUCCGCUCCUGAUUCUGCCGGGAAGGAGAAUGUCGGCGGCGCGAUGACUGGACUUGUCUCCAGGAUCUCGCGCCUAGGGUCGACGCAGAAAACAGAGACAGAGCUACAGAAACGAGACCCCGCCCGAUUCUCUCAAUUGCUCAUGCACUUCUGCGCGGCCGAGGCGGAUGCUCGAGAGACGGCUCGGGUCCGCAGGAGGAAAGCUCGAGUUGCUCAAAGGAUCCGAGCGAGCCGUGAUCACUCGGACCGUGAGGAGCAGGAAGGAGAUCCGGGAGGUAGGGGAGGGACCGAGGCGGAGGUGGACGCUGCAAAGAUUGAGGAAGCAGGAGGGGAGGGGAUGGAUCCGAUCGAAAUCAUGCAGUUGGCAUAUGAGCGUACGGUCGAUUGCGUCCGCGCCGAGGGGGUGCUUGGCUCAGCGACCUGCUUGAUAGCGGUACUCGACGGUGAACAGCUACGGAUAGCAAACUUGGGGGACUGCGCUUUGGUCAUCGUACGCAAGGGUCAGGUCGUCUUCCGAACCGAAGAGAUGCAACACGGUUUCAACUUUCCUUUUCAGCUCGGGACUGACUCGCGGGAUGGACCGAUGAAGGACGCUCAGUCGUUCUCGGUGACGGUGGAGAAGGGGGAUAUCGUGGUGAUGGGUAGCGAUGGGCUGUCGGACAACCUAUUCGAUGAAGAGAUUCUCGACGUCCUCUCCACUUUCUCCUCCCCGUCAACUCGUAACCAUUUCAUGACCCCCGACCCUGACAUCAAUCACACACCCAAAUCGAGGACAUCCAACCCGGUCAAGAUCGCCUUUACGCCGCAACGAGUCUCAGAAGCCUUGUGUCUCGCGGCGAACAGUGCCAGUCGGGAUAUCGAGGCGAUGAGUCCGUUCAUGUACAAGGCAAUCGAUCGGGGGUACAGCUUCGCCGGAGGAAAGCAGGAUGAUAUCAGCGUGGUGGUCGCUCUUGUAGACGCUAUCUAGAAGGGAUCAAUAUCGAUACUGCUUGUACCUGGAAAUAUGCAUGGCUCUGUGCGGGUUGAAAUGAAGCAUGUCUCAUAGGGUGUUAUAUGACGUCUGUGAGACAUGGUCGGAG